AUGCAGGCAGAGGGCGAAAUAGCCUGUUUGACAGCUCACGAUGUUGACGAGCUGAGGGCAGUUAUCGCAGCCCAGGGACGUCACAUUGAGUCCCUGCAAGCGCAGCUGCAGCGGCAGCACGAGCAACUGCAGCGGCAGCAAGCAGAGUUGCAGCAGCGAAAGGUAGAGGCGGAGCAAGCUGCUGCAGUGAUUGCGGAACAGCAGCGGCAACUCGAGAAAAUGGAAACUGAAAUAGUGGCAGCUGCAGCUGUAAAUGAACAACAGAAGAAGCUGGUGCAGGAACAAAAGGCGCGCACCACACAGUUAGAGGAAGAACUUGAAAAGUGUGUGAUGAAAACAAUAUAG